AUGACUUUAAAUGGACGCAGUGAGCAACUGCAAGACAAGUUGAUCAACAGCCACACAGUCAAUUUACCCGUGCAUGUUUUGUACUUUGACAACAGGGAGGAGAUCACAGACGCGGAGAGGACCAACAAGCCCAGUGGGAAGUAUCACUACUGUCUGAUGAUCAGUAAGACCUGCAAGGAGUCCACCAAGAGCAUUCCUGCCAGAGGUGGCGCUCCUAAAAACGAAUACAUGUUCAUCAACGCCGAGGAGGAGUUCUUCUAUGAGCAGGCCACCCUCAAGUUCCACUUCUCCGUCCAGGCAGACGCGGAUACGUGCUUGACCGGGAGGUGGUCCUUCGACGACGUCCCCAUGAAGCCUUUCAGGACGGUCAUGUUGAUCCCGGCAGACAGGAUGUCCUCCAUCAUGGACAAACUCAAAGAAUACUUGACCGUUUGAACGGCCAAAAGACAGACAUUCAAAUCCCCGCAAAAAUAUGACUGUGAAUUAUGAAUUUACAUCAUUAAAAAAAUCAUGUUUAACAGAAUUUAUUGAACUAUUUUUCUAGCGAUGACAAAUCUUCAUGAAGAGAGCUUAAACUACAGGCUUGUGAAGAAGUAUCAGGACCAGAGAAAGCGGAGGACAUUAAAACCCACUCAGGUGCUCUCCUGCUUUGUUAAUCAGUAUAAAAUGUGCACUACAGUUAAAAUACAACUUGUAUGGUGUUGCUAAUAAUACAGUUUUGUUCACAUCCCA